CGCCGGCGGUAUGGAGUUAUCCUCGCUCAUCAGGAAGCUCGGUCAUGAGCUGACAGAGAUAAGAGAGCGAUCUCUGAAGAAUAUUCUGUUUAAACUAGAUCAUAAUUUGAUUUCAUAUGCUGAUCUUGUCCACGAAAAACUGCUUUUCCUUAAUCUUUUGGAGUGGUUCAAUUUUCCAGUGGUACCAAUGAAGGAGGAAGUACUAAAUUUCACGAACAAUUUGAUUAAGCAUCCAUCUGCUGCCCAGCAAAUGAUUGGAAUUGGUGCAGUGGAGUUCUUCUCACAGCUUCGCCCCAAUGUGGAACCAAAUUUGCAGGCUCUAAUUGAUGGGAUUGUAGAUGGACUAUUCUUGCUUCCUUCUGGAAUUCCUUCUAAUUAUCUAUCAGGGUGUUAUCAGACUCAACCUCAGCCUUCAGUAGAUCAUUCAGAAGAGUUAUUUGCUGGAUACUUCUGUCAAGAUAGAAGUCACAUGCAACAGUUCGAAAUACCUCCCAAAAGAACAAUUGGUAUGUGUGUAAAAUGUUUGAAGUUUUCUACAUUUCCUUGGCUAACUCUGACUUCAACAGACAGACAUGUUCUUUCAUCGAAUGAAAGCUCUUUGAGAAGUAACAACCACAGUUUAAUUUGGAGUACGUGUGAGCUUCUCCAGGAUGUUAUUAUGCAAGAUUUUCCUGCUGAGAUCUUCCUUCAAAGACCAAAGGUUGUACAGAGCCUUUUAUCUCUGCUAAAACUAGCUUUUGGAGGAGAUGGAAGACAUCGCUUAGCUUUGCAGGCUGUGUCAUGCAUGCAACAGUUAUGCAUCUUUUUAAGGAGUAGACUCAACUUUCACAGAGAUCCAAAUUUCUUUUCCAGUGAGCAAGGCACAACUUCCCAGAAUUCAUCUAUAUCUUACUGCCAAGAGGCAAGAGGUCCUCCUCAUUCUCAGAAUCUGUCACCUGGAAGUAGUAGUCCUCGGCCAUCUGUAAUUGGACGGACAGUUCAGCGUCCUAGGGGAGAUGGUCAAGAUUGGGAUGCAGCAUCUUCCAGUGGAAACAGUACUCAAGCAAAUGCAAACUCAAGAAUAUCACUGCACUCCCCAUUUGAUGGAGGACAUAUUGACCUGCCAGAUCUUGAAAGUGAGGACGUUUUGGAAUUACAGAUGAAACAACUUAGCCUUCCUCAAUUUUGUAUUUCCAUCUUGGAAAGUGCUAUACCUCUUCUAAGAACAGGAAGUAGGAGAGUGACAAUGGAAGUUCUUGAAUUGCUUGUUGAAGACAUGUACCUUAUUGGUGAUGCUAUUUCUGAAGAUGUUUGGGAAGAUGAUAGCCUUUUUGGAUUGGAAUUGAAGGACAAGUUGCUUAUGGUUUUUGGGUUGCUUGGAGAAACUAUAUCCUAUCACAAAACCAAUAUUAGUGCAGAGCAGCCUGAGAUGAUAUUGGUGCAUCAUAGAAUGGCAUUUAUUAGCAUAUCACUUUUCACUGUUAGACUGCUGCAAACGCUUCUGCCUGUGGAAAAGGCAAGUAAAGUUUUACCAAAGAAUUUGCUGGAUGCUUUAUUUCUUCUGUCUCUGGACAUGCCCUUCUCCUUGCAAUAUCCAAAUGUUCAUGAAUCCACUGCAGCCUAUUUGGAGCAGAUGAGUUCAGAGAACUACAGUAUUUACAAACAAGCUUCAGAAGCUGCUUAUUCGAUUGAAUGCGCUUGUAACUUUAUGACGGAAGCUCAUAAAGAGGGGGAUAAGAAUCUUUUUGAAUUAAUAGAAUUGGCAGAUCAGGCCUUAAGCAGUCUUCCUUACCAUCAGCACUUUCCUUUGCUUCAGGAAUGCAUCCACAUAUGCUCAAAUAUUUGGAAGUCUGCCCAGGCUAACCCAUUGCUUCAGGCUAAGAGUCAGAAGGUGCUUCUCUGUCUGUUGUCUCAUCCUUUGCUGAACAUAAAAACUGAAGCCUAUCGCUGCUGUUUGGAAGUGGUUAAGGACUGUUUAGGUAUUCAUAAUGUUGCUAAACCUAUGUCUUCAAUCUGCCAUGGAGUACAUUUUCUUCUUCAUCCAAAGGUUUUAUAUGAAAUUUCUACAUUUGGCCUUCAGGAAUAUAAAAAUGAGGUCAACUCUGCUGCCAAAUCUAUUCUGGUGUACCUAUUGCAGGGACGACUAGUAAUGACAGUGUUGACUUGGAACAAGUUUAUUGAGGCCCUCUAUCCCAUCAUUCCUAUUUUACAGGGUUAUGCUGAUGCAAAAGAUAAGUUAGGUAACUGCAUCCUCACUUUGAGUGAAACAACCUCUGACAAAGGAGACGGUAUUCUCCCUAGAGGUACUAGACUACGGGCAGCUCUGCGUCUUCUUUUCUCAAAAAAGCAGUUGGUUCGUUCUGAAGCACUUAAACAUUUAUCAUUUCAUCUUUUGAAUGAAGAAGGGGCCAGCCUGAAACGCCCACAUCUGCAUGAUAGUAUGUUGUCGAGCAUUUCAAACUUGUUUAUUAUAGAAAGAGCUAUUGAGCUGAAAUUGGAUGAUAAAACAGAGUCAUUAUUUAAGGCAGAAACUGUUGAAAAACUAUAUGGUAUCUUGACUUCUGAUGCUGUUGACUUAGUUUUACGAAAGUCUGCAGCCGAACAGCUGGCUAUAAUUUUGCAAGAGACCAAAAUGCAUGAUACAGUGAAAAAGUUGGGUGUGAUAGAAAAGAUUUUGGCUUACCUCAAUGAAUGUGUACAUCUGGAUGGCAAGGUCAUGGAAUGCAUAGUGUUACCAUGUUUAACACUUUUACGGAAACUUGUAUAUGCUGAUCCAGUUGUUCGUUUGUCCCUGGCACAGCAGUCACCCUUCCUGCUAGUGCUAUUCAGAGUUUCCCUGAUAUUCCAAAAUGAUUGUGCUGUUCUAACUGAAACUACAGUAUUGCUUUGUCUUCUGCUGUUUGAUGAAGUAGCAAGACAAGAAACAUGGUAUGAAAAACAACAUAAUGAUACUGACUUCCCUUCUUUCAGUUUGCCUGUUGCUGUUGUUAGACGGUAUCAUCUUCCAGUCAGAAUUACUGCUCAUCAUGCUGUUAGCCCCAAUUCUGUUGUUAUGCCAUUGUCUUCUGACUGCCUAGCAAUGAAGCCUGUGUCAGACAUGCUUAAGAUAGCUUGGAAUCUAUCAUGGUAUCAUGGAAUUGAAAACCUUUUGCAACUGGUAAACUAUGAGAAGGAAGCAGAAAUUUUUUUACACCCACUAAAACUGACCUCAGAAGACAUUCUUAUACUGAAGAUAACACAUGCAAGCUAUGGACUGCAGGAAUGUAUUAAUUCAAUCAUUCAGGCGGUAUCCCACAGGGAUGUUAGGGCUGCUAUCAUGAGGCUAAAUUUUUAUGUUCUGAAUGACAGACUUGCUUUAAAAUACAACUCUGGGCCUUGUGAAAACACUUCGAAGAGCUUUGUUUGUCAUAGAGCAUUAAACAGGUUUCUGCAAGUGCUUCCAGCUUCUAUUGAGGAUGAGAAGCUUCUGGUAGAUGUCCUGAAUUUUCUAAACAAAUUACUUAGAGAGCAGAGAGCAAGUUUGGAAACAGACCAUCUAAAGUGGAUGCUGAAAACAUUACAUAAGAAUAAGCCAAAUUCACUCUUGGACCUCCUGGUACGACCAGAAUCCCAAGUGCAGGAUACAGUAGAUGAAAUACAGACGGCUAUCAGGCAGAAACUGGAUAAAGAACUCAUUCGUCUUUUUAACACAUUAUUACUGUUUUGCUCCAUGUCAGUGACUGACAGAGAGGGCUCGGAACUUGCGGGCUCUUUCAGGACAGAGCUGGCUCUGAAGCUGCUACAAUGCUUAAGGCUAACAGAUGCACCACACUUUUAUGGACUUCCUUCACUGGAAAGAAUACUACGAGGAAUGGUUCACGUUACUGCACUUCCAGACUGGAGUACCUAUUCUGCUACAGUUGAACCUAUCACAAUUUGUAAGAAAUAUUUAACAGGUCUUCUUGAAGUCAUUUCAUCAUUUUAUGUUGAAUGGGGAGGAAAUGCUAUGUCGUUCAUGGGAAAAGGUGUUACGAAAAGCACAGUUCUUUGCCUGCUUCACUUGUCGCAUGAAAUGAUGGCUCAAUCCAAGGAUACAGAUUGGGUAUCGCUUUGGUCCUUGCCUUAUGAUAACAAUGAAGAGCAAGUUCCUUCUCAGCUAGGUCUGGCUUGGCUGGUUCCUUUAUGGGUAGAUAGAGACCCUGAGGUCAGAUUUACCUCACUUGGAAUAGGAUCUGCUCUUACAUCUCUUGAAGUAGGAUGUACUGCUUUAGCAGAAAGCUGUCAGAACAUUUCAGGAGGACUAUGGGGAACAGUGUUAAAUAUCCUUCUGGACCAAUCUGAAUGUAGCAUGGUGCGCAGGGAGGCUGCUUUUAUUCUACAGAAUCUCCUUGUGAUUCCAAUUCCUAAUGAAGAUGUGAAAGAUUGUGCUUGGCAAGGACCCUGUGUACAUGAUGAAGAGUCUGGUCUCUCUCAGAUAGGAAAACCUGCACUUCAGGCCCUUUUGUAUCACUGCCACUUCUAUGAACAUUUGAAUCAGAUGGUGAAGCACUGUUAUCUAGGACGUUAUAUGUUUGAUUUGAAUUGUUCCAGGGAAGACAACCUGUUCAUAGAAAAAAGUGCUGUAACAGAUUUUGAUGAUUCACUUAAUCUUUGGAAGGUUCCAUCCACUCAAAGCCAGUCUUCACAUUCUCUGUCAACAUCUGAUACUAUGAUUCUGUCUGCAUCACCAUCACUGGGGAGUGUUGCUGAGCUUCAAGCAAAAGUCCCAACAUAUUUGACCAGUUCUAUUCCUGAAACUGCAGUUGAUAGGCUUAUGGCUCAAGGUCAGAGUGAUACUACCACAACAUCAUCUCCGAGUCAGCAUGGUUCUCCCAUGUCUGUUGCACUGUCUAAACAGUGUGCUGUAGUCACACCCUCUCUCUUGUCAGCGGUUUGUAGCCUUCUGCAUAAUCUGCUUAUUGUCACUCCAAAAGAUACUGGAAUUGCUCUUCAACAAGCACACUUGCUAACAGCUCUCAGCAGUCUUGUAAAUGCUAAUCUAGUCAAGAGAUGUAUCCUGGAACUGAAAGCUCCUUUGGGUUAUCCGUGUCAUGUGGAACAUGUAAAAGUUCAGGUGUUACUGCUACUUCAGUACUUAUCAUCUGUGUCCAGGCUUCUGAAAGCAUGCUUAUGGGUGGACUGUCAGCUUGUAAUCCAGGAUGAACUGUUGAAACCUCUUCUGGGAAAUAGCUUCAUGAUUCUCUCCAUUCGCUCUGAGGAUGGGCUUGAUGCUGAGUUAACAUCUGCACUUCAUGAAACAUGGAUAGACUACUUCAAUCUUCUAGCUACAUUAUUGUGGAAAAGUGGCCAAAUAUCUUUUCCAUCUGUGACAGCAGCUCUUGCAAAUCAUUGGACAGCAGUAAUUGAUACCAUUUGUGAUUGUAUUAAUCUGUCAGCCACACCUCCUGCUUUAUAUAUGGCUAGUUUACAGUUCCUCUCUGCCCUUUUGACUGAAGAAGGAAAAAGACAUCUCCGAGAUAAACAGAGCGUAUGCCAGAAUCCAACUGUUAGCUUUCUUCUAGAUGAAGCUGAAGGAUGUCAGGCAUCAGUAACUCAACUUACUGGAUUAAUAAUUCAGGUCUAUGAAAGAAAAUCUUCAAAGGAUGUCCUGAAACAAGCUGCUACAAGUGCAUUACUGUCCCUGUUAGCUGUCAGCAAAAAUGCCCAGAAAUGUGCUUUAGAAGCUGACCUAGUAAACAGCUGUGUAGAGCAGAUGAAACAUAUUCAUGCACAGAUGAAUUUGGAUUCCCUGAAGCCUGGUAAAACACAGAAAAAAAAGGAGGAUAGCCUUAUCAAGCAGUUAAAGUGUGCUAUGCAGCUCCUCAGAAACUGCCUCUUUCAAAAUGAAGAAUGCAAAAUGGCAGCACUCAAAGCUCAUCUUGUUCCUGUUCUGCAUUCACUGUGGCCAUGGUUUUUACUAGAUGAUUCCUCGAUGCAAAUAGCUCUGCAUUUGCUUUGUGUCUACACUGCAAACUAUCCUGCAGGUUGUGGUUCACUUUGUUGGGCAAGUGGUGGACAACCACUGCUUCCAUCUGUACGGAGUGCAACUGGGAAUUCGUUAAUGCAUAACAUCAUGAAAUUGGCUACCCAAAUAUUGAAUGAGAGCAGUCCAAUUCAGCAGACGGUCUUUUGUCUUCUUUCUAAUCUUGCUCUAUCUCAUGACUGUAAAGGCAUUAUUCAGAAGAGUAACUUCCUGCAGAACUUUGUGUCUCUGUCAUUGCCAAAAGGAAGUCAUAAAAAUGUUAGUAAUGUGUCUACUCUUUGGCUAAAGCUGCUACUGAAUAUAUCUUUGGGAGAAGAUGGACAGCAGAUGAUUUUGAAGAUAAAUGGUACUUUAGACCAGAUUGUGGAGAUGUGUAAAUACAAACACAAGAGCAAUCAACAUAUAGCACUACUUAUUCUACAUAACAUUUGUUUUAGUCCAGCUAAUAAACCCAAAAUAUUAGCUAAUGAUAAUGCUAUCACUGUGCUAACUACCUGUUUGGAAAGUGAUAGCCUUGAUGUUCAGAGAAUUGGAGCAGCUUCACUUUGGGCUUUGCUUCACAACUGUCAGAAGGCAAAAGUAACUUUGAAGAAUCCAUCAAUAAGGAGGAGAAUAGAUGAAGCUUAUUCUUUAGUGAAGAAAACUACUCCACAGCCAGAAGGAAAUCAGCUAAACGCAUACCACUUAAAAUGCUUAGAGAACGUAAUACAACUCCUCGAUUGUUAAUGAUUAUCAGAUGACUUCUUAUUUUGAAAUUGGAGAGCUUGCUUAAGAGGAGACUGGAAUUUAAAGAAAAAAUUCUAAUCCUUGAAUUUAUGACAGCAGUAUACUAUGCAAGAUAUUUAUGAAGUCUUUGAGGAAGGAGCUGAUCAUCUUGAACCAAAGAAUUGCAUUAAAUGUGAUUGAAACUAUUUGUAUUGUAAUCCCAAUGGGAAGUUAUAAUGGUACUAUGUAUAGUA